CGUGUGCUUGCUUUAAAAAUACACAUGCAUAUAUAUAUAUAGAUAUAUGUAUAUAUCUAUAUAUAUAUACAUACAUAACAAAUAUUUAUAUUAUGUGUUGUUGCCUGACAGGCUGUGAACUCUUAAACUAUAAUCAUUUCCGGGGUCAGCUUUUACCGUCGAUACAUAACCGUUUCUCUCAAAGACUUGUCACCCGUCACAGCUUUUAUGUCCGCUCCUCUGCUAAUUGCCGCUGUUGUUGGCGGUGGGGUCCUGCUUCUUAUGCGGCGUUUAUUCCCCCGUCAGAAAGCCGUUAAGUUGCUCCGUUAUUCAGGAGAAACUAUGCGAGGCAAGACAGUCAUCGUGACCGGGGCAAACAGCGGGAUAGGGAAGGCCCUGGCCGGGGAGCUUCUGAAGCUCCGUGCCCGGGUCAUUAUGGCUUGCCGGGACCUGCGGAGCGCCGAGGAGGCAGCCCAGGACAUCAAGAAGCAAGCAGGACCAGAAAAUGGGGAGGUGGUCAUCAAACACCUGGACCUGGCUUCUCUUAGAUCAGUCCGAAAUUUCUGUGAGGAGGUGACUCAGGAGGAAUCCCAGGUUGAUGUGCUCAUCAACAACGCCGGUGUCUACCAGUGUCCCUACACAAAGACAGACGAAGGUUUUGAGAUGCAGCUCGGUGUGAAUCACUUGGGUCACUUCCUCCUCACUCACCUGCUGCUGGACCUCCUGAAGGCUUCGGCCCCUAGCCGCAUCGUGGUGGUUUCCUCUAAACUUUACAAAUAUGGCCACAUCAACUUCGAUGACCUGAACAGUGAAAAUAACUACAAUAAGGCCUUCUGCUACAGUCAGAGCAAACUGGCCAACCUUCUGUUCAUGCUCGAGCUGGCCCGUCGCCUCGAGGGGACGGGGGUCACAGUCAAUGCUCUCACCCCGGGGAUCGUGAGGACCAGGCUAGGCAGACACAUCCAAAUCCCCCUCCUGGCAAAGCCGCUGUUCUACCUUGCCUCGUUGGUCUUUUUCAAGAGUCCAUUGGAGGGGGCUCAGACUCCUCUCUAUCUGGCCUGCUCCCCGGAGGUGGAAGGAGUGUCAGGGAAGUGCUUUGCUAACUGCAAGGAGGAGGAGCUGUUACCCAAAGCCACAGAUGAGGAGGCAGCCAAGAAACUCUGGGACAUAAGCAGGAGGAUGGUUGGACUCGCUGACUGAGCAGAGUCCAGCUCUGUGGAUGGAGUUUGGGGAGUGGACUUAAGUGUUCUUGGACCUGAUAGCUAAUCUCUUGCAGCCCCACAGACACCAUUCUACAAGCGUCCACUUGCAAUAAAUAAAAGAACUAUUUCCAUCCUGAGGAUAAGAACAUUAAUUGAACAGCAUAUUGUAGAGUGAAGUGCGAUAGUGGUGUGUGUGCAAGAGUGCCACAAUGCUUAGAGAUUGUAUAAAGAUUUGAAUUUAAAGGUGUGCCUCUCAAAGUGAUGUUUAAAAAACAAUGAAGCAGUGUUAUGUGAAAUAAUCUGCUUACUUCUCAAUAACCCUCCAGGUUUGCUUCUCCCCUAAUUUUUAAUAAGCUAAAUAGCUUUCCAAUUUCCACACCAUUUAAGAAAUCAGCUUGCAGACAGCCGUAGCAAGGUUAUAUAAGUACAUGUAAACAAACCCUCACUCCCUAGAAAGACUCAGUAGGGGGAGAAACAUUUCCCUGUCUUUGACAAAAACAUUUCAUAGAACCAGAUGUGAAAAUUAACUCUAAACUUGCUAAUUUAUUAUAUUCUGUAAUGAAUCUAAUGCAUAGAUUCCAGUUUUGUGUCUUGACCUAGAGUCAGACAGGCAGCCUCGGAUCAAAAGGAGCAAACUCUCGGGUACAUCGCCUCAUAGAGUUCUUCAAAGCUACGCUGAGUUGUCACAUUUUCCCGUCAGUGCUUGUGCUCUGCAGUUCCUGGAGUGAAACGCGUAUCUGUUUCAGGUUCAGCUGUGGUGUUGGAAAGCUAAAUUUUUGCAUGCUUUAGCAUCUGCUUUGCUGUGCAGAGGAAGGAGAGGUGGUGGAGUGAUAACAGUUGAUCCAGUUCCCUUCAUCUUGAUGUGUUUGAAGUGUAAAUGCUUUCUGCUAGGACAGUAAGGUUAGCGAUGCCGAUCGGUGAGCUCCCGCUGCGCUGCAACUCCCUCCUGUGGAUGGAUUGAGAGUCCUCUUACCUCAUUUUAUUAUUUAAAGUUCAAAGGCAUUUGAAUAAAUUCAAGAGCAUUUCCAGACCAUUUACUCAAUUGCUAUGUGUGCUAAAAGAACCAGUUUUCAAAUGAUACCAAAGGGUAUUUAGAGAACAACUGCAACUAAUCAUUUUCCUACCAGAAUAAUCAAUUUUUCCCAGUUAAUCGAUCAAAUGAAAACUAUCCUUCAUGAUAUUAACAUUUCUCAAACAGCAUAUACUCAGUAUUCAAAUAUUUUAAGGCUACAGUGAUGUCACAGAAAAAACUCAAAUCCUCAGAUUUAAGAGGCUGAUGCCAUAAUCUCAAGCUUCAUCACUUAUCAGGGAGCAUCAAGCAUAUACUUUUGCACAAAUUAUUGGCCUGCAUCAGGCAAAGAAUACUACUAAAAAGAGUGAUGAAACUGCUAAAAUCAGUGUAUUAUUAAAACCAGGAAGUAGUGGUGAGCCAUCGUCUUCAAGGAAGAAAUGUGGUCGGGGGGAAAAAACCUAAAUGAUCGUGAAAUCAAGAUCGAAACACCAAAGCUGGACUUUGGAGAUAUGGAAAAAGGUGAUGUGGUGUGAUGAGUCUAGUGAGAGUGGUUAUACUCUGGUGAUUGAUAAAUCAGGACAAGAACAGACGUGGAUGAAGCACUUACCUUACAGGUCUGUGGGGGUAGUGUGUGGGGUUGCUUCAGUUGGUCAGGUUUAGGUUAGGCAAUGCUAUGUACCCAAAAGUGUACCAAAAGGUCAGCUGACUACCUGAAUACACUGAAUGAGCUGGUUUGUCCAUCAGUACUUUUCUUCCAUGACCACACCGGUAAAUUCCAAGGUGACAAUGUCAAGGUUUAGUGGGGAUCAAAUUGAAAAACAGUGGCUCAGAGAGCAGGAAACAUAAUUUUUACACAUAUAUUGGUCAUCACCGAGUCCACACUUUAACCCCACUGAGAAUCUCUUGAAGA